AUUCCGUUAGCCAGCCGGACGAUAGACAGUGCCUGUGUGCGUCGAUCUGGAGUGAAACCUUACAAGUGUGAUUCGUCGAAAGAAGUUGCAUCCACAUGGAACUGCACGAUCAUGCCAGGAUAAAACGCAACGAAUCGAACGUUCUGCUGGAAUGGAAAUCGCUGUCAGUCCGAGCAGGAGGUCGCAGUUUUUGGAAGUUCAGAAGCAAAUCGGACGAGCCGAGCUACAUCUUGAAAAAUGCGACGGGAGCGGUUCGAUCCGGUGAUCUGGUAGCCGUGAUGGGUGCAAGUGGAUCCGGGAAAACGACUCUCCUAGCGGCGGCGGCCAUGCGCUUGGUUGCCGAAGUCCACGGAAGUGUGCUUAUCAAUGGGCUGUACGUGAGCCAGACGCAGAUGAAGCGACUGUCUGGAUUUGUGCCACAGUUCGAGAUCGCUAUCAGAUCGCUGACGGUGAGGGAGCAUCUCUGGUUUGUGUCACAGUUGAAGGGAGUCAGCCGGCUUCAAAUGGGUGAUGUUAUCAGAGAAUUGAACUUGGAAAAGUGUGAACAUACGAGAAUUUCGAACUUGUCUGGAGGCGAACGCAAGAAGGUAAAUUUGGCGGGUGAGCUGCUCACGGAGCCGGAUAUUUUGUUUUGCGACGAACCGACCACGGGAUUGGACAGCUUCAGUGCGCUCGCCGUGUUGAAUACUCUAAGAAAGCUAGCAACCAAAGGGAGGAAAGCUGUGAUUUGCACCAUUCAUCAUCCGACGUCGGAUGCGUUCCAUUGCUUCAGUGAUAUCGUGUUGGUGAAGAAGGGAGAAAUUUAUUACCAGGGUCCAACGGCGAAAGCAAGUGCCUUCUUUAAUAGCAUAAAUUUCCCGCUGCCGAUUAAUUGCAAUCCCGCCGAUCACUACUUCAAAUUGGUCUGCGAUUACAGCCAAAACGAUCAUGUGGAAAACGAUCAUCAUCAUUUUCGGCAAACAGAGCAAGAAGUGGAGUACAAAACGAGGCACGAGAUGGUGCGCAAGUGCCACAUGAAAAACAUUGGCAAAAAGUGCCUGAUGGGACCGUACCACCAAAGUGAUGUGAUUGAUAAGCUUUGUCGAGAUAAUCACCACGCGUGCUGGCCGUCGCAGCUUCACCUGCUGCUGCACCGCGGAAUCAUCGACAGCGUCCGAAACAUUCGGCAGCACGUCAUUGUGACGCUUUUGUUUUUGAUCACUAGCAUUACCAUCUCGGCGCUUUACUUUCACGUUACGCCUAGCAGUCAGACGGCCAUCCAAGACAUUCGGGGAGCUCUGUUCCUCAUAGUCUGCGAGCUGCUGUACACCAUUAGCUAUGCGGUGUUCUACGUGUUUCCCCAGGAGCUGCCCCUGCUGCGACGGGAGGUGGGCGAACGGAUGUACCGAUUGUCGGCGUAUUAUGCACAUAAGGCACUGUUGACGGUGCCGAAGGCGAUCUUCGAGUCGUACCUGUUCAUCGGGAUCAUCUACGGGUGCGUGAAGUUUUCCGCCGGGUUCGCGACGUACGUCGGGAUGGCUGCGGUUUGCACGGUGGCUAGUCUGCUGGCCGUUGCUUAUGGAUACCUGUUCACGUGCAUCACCGGCUCGCUGGAAAUGUCGAUCGAGUACGCCAAUCUGAUCUUCCUGCUGUACAACCUGUUGGGCGGUCUGUAUUUGAAUGUGCGAGCGUUUCCCAUCAGCAAGUACCUGUCGUUUUUCUUCUUCGCAUCCGAGGGAGUUUCCAUCUACUACUGGCAUGACGUGCAGAAUAUCACCUGUGACGAGGGACGGAACACUACCUGCCUGCCGGAUGGUGAAGCUGUGCUGCUGGAUUAUGGCUACGGCACGACGCUCGAUACGGUUUACUUUAACUAUCUGGUGAUGGCAGGGGAGAUUUUAGUCGUUCACUUUGUGGCGUAUUUAAGCUUGAGGCGAUUUGUCCGCAAAGUUGGGUUCUAUUGAAAGAACGUUCAGAGAUGAGCAAAAAAAAAAAAAAUAAU